AUGACUUCACAAGUUUCAAGAUUGGAUAGACAAGUCAUAUUAAUAGAGACAGGGUCUACUCAGCUCGUCAGGAAUAUGGCUGCUGAUCAAUUAGGUGAUCUUGCAAAACAACAUCCAGAAGACAUUCUAAGUUUAUUAUCAAGAGUUUAUUCGUUUUUGUUAUCUAAAAAAUGGGAAACAAGAGUCACUGCUGCGAGAGCUAUUGGUGAAAUUGUAUUGCAUUCGGAACUAUGGGAUCCCAACCAAGAUGCUGAUGAUGUUUUGGACGAAGCUAUUGAAGAGCAAAAUAAUAUUAAAAUAGAAGAAAUUGAAGAAAAUGCUCAAGUUAAAUUAGAACAUGAAAUUCAACUUAAAUUAAAAGAUGCAAAAGAGAACCAUUUAUUAGAUGAUGACGAACGGCUGUUAUCAUUGUCAAGUUGGAAUUUACAUGAAUUACUUAAAACUGGUAAGAUUUUACUAGCGGAAAGUUCAGAAGAUAAUACUUCCAUUGAAGAAAAUAAAAAGAAAGUCCUGAAAACUGAACUAACACAAGCAGAAGAAACAACAGCCCCAACGACUCAAGAAGAUCUUCCGACACAGAAUGCAAAUGGUACUAAGAAAUCAGCAAGAAUGCUUGCUAUGGCAAAGAGAAAACAAAAAAUGCAAACUAAACAUGUCUCCACAAAACCAAUAAAUUUAGCGGAAAGUUCUAUAUCAAAAUCACUUAUAGAAGAAUCUAAAAAAAAUGAUAUAAACAUUAAAACAGAAUCAACCGCAUUAGUUAACCCGAAAUUGGAAAUUACAGAACAGUCAGAUGAAAAUAAAAUCAUGUUAGAAUCAGUAGUGGAACCAAUGCUGGAGAAACAAGAACGUGUAUCAGGGUUGGUAUGGCAAUGUCAAGGAAUAUAUGAAUUAUUGGUUAAUAAUUUAAUGCAUGAUAAUUGGGAAGCCAGACAUGGGGCUGCAAUGGGUUUACGUGAAUUAUUGAAAAGACAUGGUUCAUGUGUAAGUAAAAUUAGAGGUAAAACUAAAGCUGAAAAUUUUAUUAGGAAUAAAAAAGCAUUGGAUGAUCUAGCUACUAGACUGAUCUCAAUUUUUGCUUUAGAUAGAUUCGGUGACUACGUUAAUGAAACUGUUGUAGCACCAGUAAGAGAAUCUGCUGCGCAAACUUUGGCCACAAUGCUACUGCAUUUAGAUAAUGAUCUAUCAAUCUUAAUAUUCAAAAAAUUAGAAGAAUUGAUUAUGCAAGAUUCUACUCUUGUUGUUCAACCAAAUAAAAUAUGGGAAGCCACACAUGGUGGGUUACUAGGUAUACGGUACUUCGUCAGCAUUAAAACUCAAUUUUUAUUAGAAAAUAAUCUAUUAGAUAAAGUGGUGGAUAUCGUUCUAUAUGGUUUAAACCAACACGAUGAUGAUGUUCAAAGUGUAGCUGCAUCUGUAUUAAUUCCAAUUCUUGAUGAAUUUGUUAGUCACAAUUCUUCAAAAAUUGAUAUUAUUUUAACCACAAUAUGGUCAUCUUUAUCUAGAUUAGAUGAUGACUUAUCCUCGAGUAUUGGCUCUGUUAUGAAUUUACUGGCUAAAUUAUGUAGCCACGAUAUUAUCAUUGAGUCAUUAAAGGUAAAAGCCACUAGGGAUCCUGCUAAGUGGUCAUUCAAAUCUUUAUUACCUAAAUUAUAUCCAUUCUUAAGACAUUCGAUCACUUCGGUGAGAGAAUCUGUUUUGAACUUACUGCUAAGUUUCUUAUCCAUUAAAGAUGAAUCUACAAAAAGCUGGUUGAAUGGUAAGGUUUUUAGAUUAAUAUUUCAGAAUAUUAUAUUUGAACAGAAUCCGGAAAUUUUAGAGUUAUCUUACAAAGUUUAUUUGAAGUUAUUAGAGGAAUAUAAACAUAAACAUACCGAAAAGACGUUAGAUCAUGUUUUGAGUAAGCACCUACAACCAAUGCUACAUUUAUUGAAUACGCCUAUCGGCGAAAACGAUAAAAAUUAUGCAAUGGAAUCUCAGUACAUCCUAAAACCAUCUCAUAAUUACAAACUUCAUGUUGAUAAAAAGAGAUCUGUAUCUGAAGCUUUAUCAGAAAACGAUAUUCCAGGUUUGACAUCUAGCGAUCACAUUAAUAUCGAUAUACCUAUGAUUUCCGGUGAUGUUAUGCUCCUUGGUAAAGAAAUUAUAUUAAAUACAAGGAUUAUGGGUGCCAGAGCAUUUGGUAUUACUCUAUCUUACUUUCAAGUAUCAACUUUAGACUCGUUUGUUUCAAAUGUUCUAGUCCGUUGCUUGACUUUACCUUUUGCAACUCCAAGAAUGCUUGCAGGUAUAAUUUUGACAGAAGUCUGUUCUCACUGGAAGAAAAUCAAUCCAGCUCAGGAUGAAGUUCCUGAAUUUUUGUACGAAAAAAUCAAUCCAAUCUUAAAUGAACAAUUAGAAAAUCCAUCUAGCUUACCUCCAUUCCGAGAAUUGGUUCCAAGCUUAAAAGCUUUGAGAACGCAAUGUCAAAACUUAUUGACAACUUUCGUUGAUGUUGGUAUGUUACCUCAACAUAAAUUGCCAAGUAUUGCAAUUAUCGUCCAAGGUGAAACUGAUGCCGGUCCUCAAGCAUUCGGUAUCGAGACAGCAGAAAAAGUUUACAAUGAAUGUUAUGAAAAAUUGUUUAGAUCACUAGGCAAUUCAUUCAAAGUUUUAGCUCAAAAGCCGCUAGAAGAUGUUAGAUAUCGUAUUUUAUUGGCAAUAAAGUUAACAAAAGAAGUUAAAGCUAGUCGCGAAAGUAGUAUUUUGGCCAAUUACGCAUCUGUUAUUCUGCAUUUCAAAGGGUUACCUAGUAAACUGAAUCCAAUCAUUAGAUCUUUGAUGGAUAAUGUAAAAAGUGAAGAAAAUGAAAAACUACAGAGUCUAACUGGUGAUUCUAUUACUCAUUUGAUUAAAAAGUUAAUACACAAUGGGAAAGCAAAUGUUGCUAACAAAGUAGUUAAAAAUUUAUGUGGGUUUUUAUGUGUUGAUACUUCGGAAGUUCCUGAAUUUGAAGCGAAUAGCAACUUAAAGGAGCCAAUUUUAACACUUGUUAAAGAAGUAUCCGUGAAUGUGAAUGACGAUGUUUUACUAAAAAGAAAGACACAUGAAGCUCAUAUUAAACGUAGAGGAGGUAUCUAUGUAUUGGGUAAUCUAUUUAAAGAAUAUGGUGAUUCAAUUUUCAGUGAUGUAACACAAUUGAAGUCUAUUGUUAUGGAUCCAAUUUCCAAUACAAAUACCGUAUUUCAAGAAGAUAAAAUAGAGGCUUCACAAGGUCAAAUAUUGGUAGAUGCAUUAGGUAUUUUGCGUGUCUUAUAUAAAUAUAUGAGCAAGGAAAUCCAGACUACCCAAAUAUCAUUGUUGUAUCCAAAUAUAUUACUAUUGUUAAAAUCAGAAUUCUCAGUACUUCGUUACUCAGCUGCAAGAACUUUUGCUGAUUUAUCUAAAAUAUCAGCUGUUAGUAUCAUGACGUUUAUUAUUGAAAGGGUUCUACCAUUGAUGAAUAAUGCUGGCAAUACCACUGAGAGAGAAGGUGCAACUGAAUUGAUCUACCAUCUAGCGAUUACUAUGGAUACUGAUAUUUUACCAUAUGUUAUAUUUUUAAUUGUUCCAUUAUUAGGUCGUAUGAGUGAUGCCAAUAGAGAUAUAAGAAAUCUUGCAACUAGUACUUUUGCAUCAAUAAUCAAACUGGUUCCUUUAGAAGAAGGUAUCGCUGACCCUGAAGGAUUACCUGAAAAUUUGAUGAAAGGUCGUGAAAGAGAGCGUGAAUUUAUCCAACAAAUGAUGGAUCCAGCUAAAGCCAAACCUUUCAAGCUUCCUAUAGCUAUCAAAGCAAGUUUGAGAAAAUAUCAACAAGAUGGUGUGAAUUGGCUUGCAUUUUUGAACAAAUACCAUCUACACGGUAUAUUAUGUGAUGACAUGGGUUUAGGUAAAACUUUACAAACAAUUUGUAUUAUUGCAAGUGAUCAAUAUUUAAGGUCCGAGGAGUACAAAAAAUCACAAUCCGUAGAACAUCGUCCUCUUCCUUCCUUAAUCAUCUGUCCUCCUUCUUUAACUGGUCAUUGGGAAAAUGAAUUUGAACAGUAUUCACCAUUCCUAAAUGUAGUCGUAUAUGCAGGAGGCCCUUCGACUCGUCAAUCAUUACAAGGUAAAUUGAGUUCAGCUGAUCUAAUCGUCACAUCUUAUGAUGUGGCUAGAAAUGACCUUAGUGUUUUAAAGCAGUUAGAUUACAACUAUUGUGUUCUUGACGAAGGUCAUAUUAUUAAAAAUGCCCAAUCUAAACUGUCAAAGGCAGUCAAGGAAAUUGUAGCCAAUCAUAGAUUAAUAUUAACAGGUACUCCUAUUCAAAAUAACGUUGUGGAAUUAUGGUCAUUAUUCGAUUUCUUGAUGCCGGGUUUCCUUGGUACAGAAAAGAUGUUUCAGGAGAGAUUUGGUAAGCCAAUUGCAGCUUCUAGAAACAGCAAAACCUCAUCAAACGAACAAGAAGCUGGUGUGCUAGCAUUGGAAGCCUUACAUAAACAAGUUUUACCGUUUAUGUUAAGAAGAUUAAAAGAAGACGUCUUAUCAGAUCUACCACCAAAAAUUAUCCAAGAUUACUACUGUGAGUUAUCUGAUUUGCAAAAACAAUUAUAUCAGGACUUCGCAACUAAACAAAAAGGAGAGGUCGCAAAAGACAUUCAAAAUACCGCUGAUGUAGACAAUAAUCAGCAUAUUUUCCAAGCAUUGCAAUAUAUGAGAAAACUUUGUAACCAUCCUGCUCUAGUUUUAUCUCCAAAUCAUCCAAAAUUGAAGGAGGUGCAAAAUUAUUUACAACAGACGAAAACAAAUUUACAUGACAUUACAAAUGCUCCAAAAUUGAACGCUUUGAGAAAUUUAUUAUUUGAAUGUGGUAUAGGUGAAGCAGACAUGGAUAAAAAAACUUCAAAUCAAAUUAUGCCAACCACUAAUGUUAUUUCUCAGCAUAGAGCAUUGAUCUUCUGUCAAUUGAAAGAUAUGCUUGAUAUGGUUGAAAAUGAUUUAUUUAAGAAUUACAUGCCAUCUGUUACUUACUUGAGGCUAGAUGGUAGUGUUGAUCCACGUGAUAGACAAAAAGUAGUAAAGAGGUUUAAUGAAGAUCCAUCUAUUGAUUGCCUUCUAUUGACAACAAAGGUUGGUGGUUUAGGUUUAAAUUUAACAGGUGCAGACACUGUCAUAUUUAUCGAACAUGACUGGAAUCCAAUGAAUGAUUUACAAGCUAUGGACAGAGCUCACAGAUUGGGUCAAAAGAAAGUUGUCAAUGUUUACAGAAUUAUUACAAAGGGCACUUUGGAAGAAAAAAUUAUGGGUUUACAAAAGUUCAAGAUGAAUAUUGCAUCUACAAUUGUUAAUCAACAAAAUAACGGCUUAGCCUCAAUGGAUACCCAUCAAUUGUUAGAUCUGUUUGACACAGAAAAUGUACCAAGUCAAGAAAGCGAAGUGGAUACUUCUAAGAGCAAUAAAGCCUUAGACGAUGUUGCAAACGAAACUGGGUUAACUGGUAAAGCUAAAGAAGCUGUUGGUGUAUUAUCUGAACUAUGGGAUAAAUCACAAUAUGAGGAUGAAUAUAAUUUAGACAAUUUCAUCAAAACUUUGAAAUAG